ACGCCUCAAUGACAACAACUUCUCUGGUGUGCUUCCAGCGUCUUUAAGUGCACUCACUGGCCUCCAAAACCUGUAUGUUGACAACAACCAUUUUACUGGAACCUUCCCAGAUUUCCUUCUGCACCAGAAGAGCCUUCAAUACCUGAGCUUGGGCAACAACAACUUCACAGGGACUAUCCCCUGCGAAUUGACCAACCUUGUCAACCUGUUCUCCAUAAACCUCAAUGACAACAAUUUCCACGGAACUUUCCCACCUGGCCUGCUUCAGUUACCCAGUUUGUAUUCACUAGAAGUAGCUAACAACUUCUUUUCUGGGCAACUCCCAAGGACUCUCAAUGUCGCUCCUUCUCUUAACUCGCUUGACCUGGGAGGGAAUGGCUUCACGGGCUCCUUACCAGACUUCUCACGCUGGAAUGUCAGCUGUGUAGAGAUAAAUCUCAGCGGCAACAACUUCACAGGGUUGAUUCCCGACUCCAUCUCCACCCUCACCACCCUCGAGGGCAUUUUUAUCAACAACAACCAGCUAACGGGCACCAUCCCCUCUGCCAUCUUCACCAUGACAAAUCCGAAAUACCU